UGGGGGGAGAAGGGGGUAGGGAAAGCCGCCCCCAGGUUUGGUUGAGGCCGGCGGUAUAAAAUCAUCGGGUGGAAAAUUCUCUGGUUUUUCCUUUCCCCCCACCCCCCCUUCAUUCCAUCGUCCUCCUCCACCGGCCGACAUCCGCUGCCCUUCCCCCUGUCCCUCUCUGAGGGAAUUACCCCCUCCUUCCCUUCGAGCUGCUGACUCCGCCAUGGCUCCUCACAAACACGGAGGGGGGAAAAAUGCUGUAAGGAAGCCCAAGAUUGACCAAAUCCAGGCCGACCACGAGCUUUUCUUGCAGGCCUUCGAGAAGCCAACUCAAAUUUACAGAUUUCUCCGAACCAGAAACCUCAUAGCACCCAUCUUUUUGCACAGAACUCUUACGUACAUGUCACACCGGUUAUCAAGAACAAAUGCCAAAAGGAAAACCUUUAAAGUGAAUGAUAUGCUGGCCAAAGUAGAGAAGAUGAGGGGAGAGCAGGAAUCUCCCAGUUUGACAGCUCAUCUGCAACUUACUUUUACUGGUUUCUUCCAUAAAAAUGAAAAGCCAUCUCAAAACUCGGAGAACGAACAAAACUCUGUAUCCCUGGAGGUGCUACUUGUUAAAGUCUGUCAUAAAAAACGUAAGGAUGUUAGUUGUCCUAUCAAGCAAGUGCCUACAGGUAAAAAGCAGGUGCCUUUGAACCCAGACAACAGCCAGGCCAAACCAGGCAACUGUCCUUCCCUAGCAGUCCCCAGCAACGAGUUUGAGCCCAGCAACAGCCAUAUGGUAAAAUCCUAUUCGUUGUUGUUCAGAGUGACCCGUCCAGGUAGAAGGGAAAUGAAUGGACUAACCAAUGGAGAGAUUAAUGAAAAUAUUGAAGUAACAGACGAGAUUCCUAGUAGGCGCAAGCGUAAUUCGUCUCACAAAGAUGAUGGGGAGAAAACAUUUGUUGCUCAGAUGACCGUCUUUGAUAAGAAUAGGAGGUUGCAGCUGCUUGACGGGGAGUAUGAAGUAGCCAUGCAAGAAAUGGAUGAAUGCCCUGUUAGCAAGAAAAGAGCAACAUGGGAAACUAUUCUGGAUGGGAAGCGGUUACAUCCUUUUGAAACCUUUUCUCAGGGUCCUACACUCCAGUUCACCCUUCGAUGGACAGGAGAUGCGGUGGAUAGAUCCACAGCUCCAGUUGCUAAGCCUCUUUCAACUCGCAAUACAGAUAUCCCAGUUGCAGAGACCAAGCUCAACUCGGUGAAACCAGCACAGACCCUCGCCGUAAAAGAUUCUGUGACGACUGAACUUCAAAAUAAAAAGGAGCAAGUUUCAGUGGAGCCACGACAGAAAUUAAGGAUAUUUUAUCAGUUUCUUUACAACAACAACACACGCCAGCAAACUGAAGCUAGAGAUGAUUUGCACUGUCCUUGGUGCACAUUGAACUGUCGGAAGUUGUACAGCCUGCUUAAACACCUCAAGCUUUGCCAUAGCAGAUUUAUCUUCAAUUAUGUGCCUCAUCCUAAAGGUGCUAGGAUAGACGUAUCUAUCAAUGAGUGUUAUGACGGCUCUUAUGCAGGAAAUCCUCAGGAUAUUCACUCCCAGCCUGGGUUUGCCUUUAGCCGCAAUGGUCCUGUGAAAAGGACGCCAGUGACUCACAUAUUAGUCUGCAGGCCAAAACGCACAAAACCCAGUCUCUCUGAGUUCUUGGAGUCUGAAGAUGGGGAAGUGGAGCAACAGCGGACCUACAUCAGUGGCCACAACCGACUUUAUUUCCAUAGUGACACUUGUCUGCCGCUCCGGCCACAGGAGAUGGAUGUGGACAGUGAGGAUGAAAAGGAUCCUGAGUGGCUGAGAGAGAAAACCAUUACACAAAUCGAUGAGUUCACUGAUGUUAAUGAAGGAGAGAAAGAAGUAAUGAAACUGUGGAAUCUGCACGUUAUGAAGCAUGGGUUCAUUGCUGACAAUCAGAUGCAUCAAUCCUGCCUGCUCUUUGUAGAGACUUGUGGACCAAGAAUAAUUGAGAAAAACCUUUGUCGGAACUUUCUGCUUCAUUUAGUUAGCAUGCACGACUUCAACCUGAUUAAUUUAAACACCAUAGAUAAAGUAAUGGCCAGGCUCAAUGAGCUGCAACAGAAGCUGCAAAGAGAUUCUGCUUUAAAACUGAGACAGGAGCCCAUGGACGAGAGUCGGCCAAACAGUGACGACAGUGGUACGGGCAUGAGAGACAGAAAUUCAAGCACUGACAGUCUCUCUUCGGGAAUUACCAAACACAGCAAAAGGCACAAGCUCUGAAAUGAAACAUUUGUCCUAUUUUUUUAAUCCCUCCCCCUUCAUGGACCCUCAUCCCAACUUGACCCUUUCUCAGCCUGGGCACAGUGGACAGUCACUGAAGAAAGAAGGGGCAAAACAAGAUUGAUCCAUAAAUGUUGCAGCUGAAAUCUGCAGAAGAUCCAAGUGGACAAUGGGUUAAUUGGUAACAGUGAAACAAGACAACAGUGUUGUAUUAAGAUUCUUUAUUCUUGUAAAUGUUGGUUUUGAAUUAAUUUAGCUGAUGGAGUACAAUUUAAAAAGACAUUGCAUUCGCCACAGUAACCUGAACAUGUACAGUUCAGCUAGCUGCAGAUGUUUUCUUUGUGCAAAAAUCAUUCUUUCUAGAAAAAUUUUUUUGGCUCAAAACCAAAUCUUUCAUACCAUCCAUAUGGCAGUUUUAAAAAAAAAAUUGUUUUAAAUCAAAGUUGUUUUUGUCAAAGGAAUCUCAAAAGGAUAGGGUUUCACUUUACAUUCUCCAUUUUUUAAAACAAGCAUGUUCUUUAGAUGAAGUAUACAAUAUAAAACCAUGAGUGUAAUGAAAACCUUUCUGCUUAAAAAAGAAAAGUGCAAUUUAAAUGGACAAAGUUUGCGUGUGUAUAUCUCUCGGUCUUGAUCUUGCGACACAGAAGUAGCACUUCUCUGUUCCUGUUUAGAAUUUUUUGUGUCUGUUUAAUAGUAUGUUUGAAAUGACAUCUCUACCCUUUCUCGCUCUUUAUCCACGCACCUCUUUGAAGUUAGUGUCUGUUCUAACUGAAAUAUGUUUAUUUUGCUUACUGUCUAGCCAGACUUGUGUGCACGCAUGGUUGAUGUGCUUUAUUUGUAAUGUUGCUCUUUUCAAUGGCAUGCAAGCGAUUGAGUUUUUUUUGCUGUGUUUCACCAAUGCUAUGUUCUGAAUAUAUUAAGGCUGUCUUAUCGACAGCCACUUUGAAAAACUACGAACAGGAGAGGAGUAGUUGGGGUAGUCGCCUGAGUAUUGGUGCUGCCAUUCCAGUUGGCUGUGGGGUGGCAGUGCACAGCAAGGCUGGACUAGGAAUACUUAUCUACUCUUCUUGCAAUAUUCUGAGACUCUUGCUUUCCUGUUAUCAACACACCAUGUAUUUAUUGCAAUAGACACUUAAAAAGUAAUGACCGGAAGGUAUGUAAUUUACGCAAUGUUUUGCCACAUUAGAGUGCACAGUCAUUUGUGCCGGUAGAACACAUUUUGGAGUAAUGUAAAUGUUUACAGUUUUUUUCCAAUGGAAAGUGAUUUUUCACUACUGGUGCAGUACCAGGGAUGCAGGUUUUUAAACUUAGUAAGCACUGUGGACCGAUUCACAUUAUCACCUCGGGUGUUUAUUUUUUAAAACUUCCUUAAAAUGUGCAUAUUUUUCUUUCUUAAAAAAAAAUAUUUAAAAUGAGGGGGAGGGGGCUUCUGUUUAAACAGUUUACUUUGAGCUACAGACUUUUUUGACUCUACUUGAGUCACCAAUUUUUUCCAGCGGUAAGUGCAUUUCUGUGAAAUUUUUUAGACUGUUUUUCCCUUUUUUUAAUCUAGUGUCUGUAUAGCCUGUGCAUAUCUUGUCUGUGGCUUUGAUCUGCUAAUGCUGUGCACGUGUAAAUUAGAAUUUUUUUUGUAAUAUGGUUGGGGUGCUGUAGUGUUUUCCUGCUGCUAAUGUUUCUUUCUUAGCAAAGUAAUUCCACUUUCCUGCUACAGAUGGUUGGCAUGGUCUGCACAGUUUGACAGCUCGAGAUUUUGAAUUAACGCUGGAAAUUUUGGAUUUCAUGAAAUUUCACACUGACUUUUUAAAAAAAAAACAAGCCCGCACUUUCCUGUCAACUUUUGUAACCAAACUGGUCAUUGAAAUGUUAAUGGGUUUUUCUAUUUAAAAAAAUAAAAAUAAGACAUUUUUCCUA